GAAUUACCAUUAUUACUUUCAUUCAUAGCUACACUAAAAGCAGGCGGCGGCAAAACGGUGCGUCUCCUGAAGUCAAACAGCAGUCCACACCGUCCAUAUCUCAGGAAGAGUCGUAGAGUGUGAGUGUGCAGUCAGUAUGGCAGAAGCACAUCAGGCGGUGGCCUUCCAGUUCACCGUCACUCCUGAUGGCAUUGACCUACACCUCUGUCACGAGGCCCUGCGCCAGGUCUACCUAUCAGGCCUCCACUCCUGGAAGAAGAGGUUCAUCCGGUUUAAGAAUGGUGUCAUGACUGGGGUCUAUCCAGGAAGUCCCUCAGGGCUCCUGGUUGUUCUGGUGGGUUACAUGUCCACCACCAAAUAUGCCAAAAUAGACCCUUCCCUUGGGGUGUUCACUAAACUGUCUAAACACCUACCAAUCAGUAAGUAUGUAACAGAAGAAGGGCAGCGUGUUGUUGGUGGUGUGCUGAUUGGGACCGGAUUGUGGAUUGCUGUGACUUUUGUUAUGAGGAACGUCCUCAAGUACUUGCUGUCCUGGCACGGUUGGAUGUUCAAUCGCCAUGGAUCUUUGUCCUUCAAAACAAAGAUUUGGUUGGUGUUGGUGAAGUUAUUUUCUGGGCCUAAGCCAAUGCUGUACAGCUUCCAGAGUUCACUACCACGGUUACCAGUCCCUUCUGUAAAAGACACUGUUAGAAGAUAUCUUGAGUCAGCUCGUCCUCUGAUGGAUGAUGAACAGUACAAACGCAUGGAGGGGUUGGCAAAGGACUUCGAGAAGAACAUGGGCCCCAAACUGCAAUGGUACCUGAAGCUCAAAUCCUGGUGGGCUUCCAAUUAUGUCAGCGACUGGUGGGAGGAGUACAUUUACCUCAGAGGUCGAGGACCAAUCAUGGUCAACAGCAACUACUAUGCAAUGGACUUCCUCUAUGUGAUCCCCACCUCACGUCAAGCCGCCCGUGCUGGUAAUGCCAUCCACGCCAUCAUGAUGUACAGAAGAAAACUGGAUAGAGCGCAGAUCAAACCAGUAUACUUGCUGGAGAACCGAGUACCGCUGUGCUCGGCACAGUGGGAGCGGAUGUUUAAUACAUCCCGUAUUCCCUGGCUGGAGACAGACGUCCUUCAGCAUGUGAACGAGAGCAAACACAUCGCCGUGUUUCACAAGGGACGAUUCUUCAAGGUGUGGAUGUUUUAUGACGGACGGCUGCUGUUGCCCCGAGAAAUUGAGCAGCAGAUUGAAAGGAUCUUGGCGGACAAAUCUGAACCUCAGCCAGGAGAGGAGCUGCUUGCCGCGCUGACAGCAGGCGACAGAGUUCCCUGGGCCAAAGCCCGCUCACAGUUCUUCAGUCGAGGGAAGAACAAGCAGUCUCUGGAUUCUGUGGAGAAGGCCGCUUUCUUUGUGACUCUGGAUGAUACUGAACAGCGUUAUGAUGCUGAGAAUCCAGUGCGGUCGCUGGACAGCUACGCCAAAUCUCUGCUCCAUGGAAAAUGCUAUGACAGGUGGUUUGACAAGUCUUUCAAUCUGAUUGUAUUCAAGAACGGCACUAUGGGAUUGAAUGCAGAACACUCUUGGGCCGAUGCACCCAUCGUUGGCCAUUUGUGGGAGCAUGUCCUGUCAUCGGAUCCAGUGAGACUGGGCUAUACUGAGGACGGACACUGCAAAGGAAACCCUCAUCCCAGCCUGCCGGGACCCCAGAGACUGCAGUGGGACAUCCCAGAGGAGUGUCAAACAGUGAUCAACAGCUCUCUAAAAGUGGCCAAAGCUCUGGCGGACGACGUGGACAUGCACAUCAUCCCCUUCAGUGAGUUUGGCAAAGGCCUGAUCAAGAAAUGCAAGACAAGUCCCGAUGGCUUCAUUCAGAUCGCACUCCAGCUGGCGCACUUCAGGGAUAAAGGCAAGUUCUGCCUGACAUACGAAGCGUCCAUGACGCGUCUGUUCAGAGAGGGCCGCACUGAGACCGUGCGCUCCUGCACCACUCAGACCUGUGAUUUUGUCCAUGCCAUGAUGAACAACAAAGCAACGAGAGAAGAAAAGUUGAAGCUGUUGAAAGUGGCGGCAGAAAAGCACCAGGAUUUAUACAGACUGGCCAUGACAGGAAAGGGCAUCGACCGCCAUCUUUUCUGCCUCUACUUGGUGUCAAAGUACCUUGGUGAAGAUUCGCCUUUCCUCAAAGAGGUGUUGUCCGAGCCCUGGAGACUGUCCACCAGUCAGACUCCUCUCCAACAGAUCGAUAUGUUUGAUUUAAAGAGGCAUCCAGAAUUAGUCACCAGUGGAGGUGGAUUUGGACCUGUUGCUGAUGAUGGUUAUGGUGUAUCAUAUAUUAUUCUUGGAGAAGACCUUAUCAACUUCCACAUAUCCAGCAAACACUCCAGUCCAGAGACUGACUCUCAUCGCUUUGGAAGUAACAUCAAACAGGCGAUGCUUGAUAUCCUGGAUCUUUUCCAUCUUGACAACAAAGCAAACAACAAGUGAUCAAACUCUUCUUGUUUCUCAUCAGUCAUCAGAUCAGAAGGCUGAUCCUCUUUAGGCAUGUACAGAGUAAUUGUUGGCUUUAAUUUAAAUUAUAAUUCAAAGAAGGGUCAUUUACACAGGACGGAGCAUGGCAUCUGUGCAUUUGAUGAAAUUUCAUGUUUAGUUUUCAGUUCUUCAUUUAUAAGAGUGUGUGAGAUGAUUUAGUCUGUGCUGGGAUGUAUUCAUGCACUGUUGCCUUAACCUGAAAUAUUCUUCAGAAGAUCCAGGAGAACCUGUUGCCUUUCUGUGCUGCUGUACAUUCAGACUUUCACAUUUUCUGCUUUUGUGUUCAAACAUUGAACUUUUAUCCAGUGAAUUUCUCACACUCAGGUUUGCAGCUAAUUUAUUCACUUUAUUGUGACUUGACUAGUUUCUGAAGUAACAUUGCGGCAGGUUACAGGGAUAAAGGGAAGCUAUACAGGGAAGACAGGCCAAAUAUUUCAAACGUGUAGGCCAAUGAUACGUAUUUUUCUUUCACUUGUGUUUUUGUAUUUACGCAUGGUCAACGAAUUGCAGCAGAGUGUCAACAUUAUCAUAUAAAUGGUGUUUUAAAUUUAUUUAAUGGACUCAACACUCAAACACUUCAAAUCAUAAUAAUUUAGCUGUUUUCAUCAAUUUGAGUGCACUAAUAAUAGAAACUGGGAUAUCAUUCACAAGUAUAAGGGAUAGAAAGAUUUAUUUCUGUAUAUGUUGUGUUAUUUAUUUAUCGGUUCCUCAUCAAACAUGUAAGUGUGCCUAUGGAUUUAAAGAAUAAUAAUUAUUCUUGAUUAUAAACAUAAAUGAAUGCAAAUUAAUACAAUUUAAAGGGAAAGUGUCACUUCACUUGAUUUGUGCAACGUAUCAAAUAUCACAUUUUCCACAAUAGACCUCAUUUUUGCAGCAAAGGUGUGAUAUAGGAACUGUUUGGCAUUGUUAUGUAAUUCAAAACACAUUUCAACACAAUAAAAGUUGACUUUUAACAUUCA